AUGAAUUCUGAUACCCACAUGCGAAUGGGACAUCCUAUUGUCUCUUCAUUGAUCAUUUUCUGCAGUAUCAUCGUGCUUUCAAUCUCAGCCUGGCUCACAUCAUGUUUUACUGUCGACGACAACUACUUCAGUCUAGCUGAACGAGACCGCACUCGUUUUCUAUUGUUCACUUCAGCAUGGACGAUCGUAUUCUCCGUUCUCUACAUGCUUUUCUUCUUUUAUCUUCCAGGAAGUGUUUUGGGUAGUGUGGGAUCUCAUAUCGUCUUCCUGUUUUUAACAUUUAUUUUCUGGACCGCGGGCGCUACAAGUAUAACUACAGUUCUCGGUGGAGAACUGAAUAGCAAUACCCAGAGAAGUAUAAUAUAUCUUGAUCAACUCAACGCACUACAAGGCUUUGCUUGGGUCACUGAGGCUCUUGUAACUUUCGCAUUAGUAGCUGUGCUCAUCUGUGGCAUCAUCACAGCCCGUCCAGGUUCAGACCAUCACGACAAUUUUGACGAUCGUGAUAAUAUCAUAGUACGAUUGAGCAAAGUGCCAAUUCGGAGCUUGCCGGAGAGUCAGCCACCGCACUACUAG